AUGACCAUGGCUCUGGACAGUACGGCUUGUAUUAAACUUCAGGUGAGAAUUUAUUGAUUAUUUCCGAAGUUUUUCAUGAGCGCUCGAAAAUGUGACAUUUUUAUAUUUUUUAAGCUAUUCUAAGAGGUUGGGCGGUGCUUUGGCCCCAAUUUGAAAAUUAUCUAUAUCCCUAGUGCUUUUCACAUCAUUUUCCACAAUUUGCUAUAUCAAGUUCAUUGUAAAAGAGGAAAAAGUUCCACAAACAAAAUCAGAAUGAGGCAUUAUUUUCACAACCAACCCCAAAAACUUACGAUAGGCGUGUGCAAUUCCAAAUUUCGGUUUUUACAGCCAAAAAAUUUGGAAAUUUUGUUACGGUAUUUGUUUGCGAGUACAUAGUUGUAUUGGGCGCAGACACUUGUAACGGAUUUUCACAAAAUUUGUUUUCUAAAAUUUAAUUAAGGUUUUUUUUGUCUAUUAAUUAGUUGCAUGAUUUAAUAUGUUUGAAAGACUUUCAGGAUGUCAUACACGUGUUGCGGUACGAACGCCUGGAGCAGAACUACCCCAUUGAAAGUUGGUUUUUAUAAUAAUUGUUUUUAACUUUCCUAGUGACUUUUUCGCUGCCCUUGAUUUUAGUCAUUUACAUAUAGUUGUAAGAAGUUUUUCAAAAAGUAUAGAUUUUAUUCAGAUUCUUACACUUUUUGGUAUUCCCGCCUUGGAUACCUCCUGUAAGUGUGAUUGCGGCGCCGGAACGGAAGUUUGUACGGUUGAAAAAUUUGGCGAUGAUCGGUAUUAAUUAUUUUUGGGAGAAGAAUAAUUCUAAAGUGGUUCAGGAAUUGCUCCUCGACGGAAGAGUACCCGACUUGCUUCACCAAGUAUCAUUCGGACGUUGCCAACACGGAGUGUUCGAUCACAAGUCUUCCUGCCAAGGUAUCGGAAGAUGAAAUCCAUUGGCAAGCUGUGAAUCAUAGUUAA